CACACCGUGGUGCGGGGUAAAACACGCUCUCUGUGCAGAACUAGUACUAAAAGGAUAAAGACGGAGGAGGAGAGUGCCCUUGAGGAGGCUUCAGCAUCAGCCGUUGAUUUCACACCGCCACUGACGAAAUCCACAAUGCCAGAACUGAUAGAAGUGGGAGAGAAGGAAACUGGAGAUUCAGAAAGAGUGAAGACAACAGAGAAAGGAUAUUUAGAACGAACCACAGAAUUACAGGAAACACAUGAAGCUCUGUGUUCUGAUGAAAAACUAAGUGAAAUUAUUGCAGCAGAAGUGCAUUUAUGUUCGCUAAGUUUUCCAGAGACUAAUAACUCACCUGCAAAGGAAGCAAAGGAGGUAGAAGCAGCAUCUGAGGAGAGAUGGAGCAAUAGCAAAAUGCUACAAAACUCUGAUGGGAAUGGAAAGAAGGCAGGAGGUCUGCCAGUGGAUUGCUCCCUGGGGAUGGACUCACUCUCUGCAGCUAGCGAGAAAGAGACAGGCACAGCCAGUGUCGAGGACAUGGCUGUGGUCGCUGCCUCCACAUCAGAGUUUAACGACAGACGUGAUUGGAAGAGAAAGAGCUCUGAGUCACUGGAGAAAAAGGGAGAGGGAGGAACAGAGGAGGGGAUAGGGAAAAAAAGGGGUGGAGCACAGACUUUAUACAGACAGGAGGCACUGUCCAUGACAGUGCCUAAAUCUUAUCCUCUCCAUGACAACGGAGUGACACUGGUGGCACCGCAGCAAAGGGGUGAACUCAUCACUUUGGUCACAGCAGACAUAGCUGACACAGCCUUACCUUUGUUGACCGGCAGCAAAACAAUUGCCAGCAGCUUGAUCAACCCCUCCUCUUCUGUCUUCCUCUUAAACGCCACAGAAGCAGAGAGAAAGGAGGCAUCAGAGAGAGCUGCUCAUCUGAAAGAGAGUAUUAAUGCGUUAGGUGAAAACCAGCCAAACAGCGAUAUUUUAAAUCUGCUAUCAGCUGCUUCAGCAGAUGGUAAAGAUCCUGCCGCACAGACCAGCUAUCAACAGGUACCGAAUACUUCACGGAUUCAAACUGAAAUUAACCUCACCCAACAAAACAAGGCGGGGACAGGAAAAGAUACAUGCCAAAACAGCGAAGUUCAGCAUCCAUCAUCUACCGCUCAGCUUGACAUGAGGAGCAGCACUGGAAGUUUUAACAACAUGGAUGGGGGAACUGGGGGCACUCAAGAUGACACGACACACCAGGUGACUGGGUUUGCCUCUCUGCCACCACUAACGGUUCACGAGAAUCUCUGGUACCCAGUAAGUGAGACAAGCUUUAGCUUUCAGGGGUUAUUUAGCAACAGAAAUCCAGACCUACCCCUAAAAGCAGCUUAUACCACUUGUGAAAGCACCACGGAGGCUGAGGUGACGGAAGAAAACAUGACUGUCAAUGAAAAUCCUGAAAAGCAUAUUGAUGGCGAAAGGGGAAAUGAUUUGAAAGAAAAAACUGCUAAUAAUAUUACAGUGAGUGCUGAAGAGUCACCGAAGAGUGUGAAUGCUAGUGAUACAAAGACCUCUGAGAACAAUGCGGUGAACCAAAAUCCUGAUCUGCUUCCGAAAAACAAAGAAGAGAAUGAAGGAAAGGAUGGAAUUGUAAUCAUCCAGAGCACCAUAGAGCAUAAACCUACAUUAGAGGAUACUAAUGGAAAAAGGCUUGAACUGCAGGAUAUUGUUAUGGAAGAAGUUAGAAGUGAUAAGAUAAAAUUCUUCAGUCUUUCUGACCUCACUGUGUCUGAUGUAGAGAAAAAAUCUGAGGUUGUGCUUGCCACCAAAGAAACAGAUGGAAGGGAAGCUAAAUCAGUGGAACGUGAUGUGCGAGAAACCUGUGAAGAUAAUUUCCAAAGCAUUCCGAGUGACAGUGCACAGCAGGAGCCCAAGUUAGAGUUGCAAACUUCAGAAGGCGUUUCUCAGGAACAGUGUUUAAAAUUUGAAGAAACACCCCUCUCCUGCACAGAUGGAGAUGACAUGCUGUCCAGACACUCUUCUGACAGUACAGGCAUAUCCAAGAAGGACCUCAAAGAAAACACUGAACAAGAUGGUGCAAUUUCUGUUGGGUGUCAUCAAGCAAAAUGUGAAGAGCUCCAAUAUCAGAUGAACUCUAGUCAUGACACUGGACCAGCUUCAGAAGUUUCCAUGGGUGUUGUGAGUACAAAAGAUCCCGCACCUACUGCUAUAAAAGUAUCUAGUGCAGUGGAUGGAGGCGUGCCCUCUGCCAGUGCCAAUGUUCAAAGUGAUACUAAAGAGCCUAUUGUGCUCAGGCCUCCUGGCCCUAUGAUGAGUCACUGGGAGGUCAUUAAUGACUAUAAUGUUUCUCUCACAGGAGAAGGAAUUCAAUGCAAGCAGGAAGCAGAGAUGAGCAGUAAUAUUGUUGAAACUGAUACAGUACAAAAAACAGAUCCUAUGAAGACUACAGGAGAAAAAAUAGAAAUAAAUACCAGCCUUUCCUGUAUGAAUGUGUUAAUCCCUGAUGUAACUGUCAUGGUGUCUUCUGUGCAGGAUACCAAAUUAGCAUCUAAAGAAGUGGAAGGUACUCAGCUGAUUUCAGACAGCCAACAUGGCGAAGAAAAAACAAACAAGAUGAUAGAUUGUGUUGUGUUUGAGGACUCUAAAGAUGGAAAAGUUGAAGUGAAUGUUAAGCCUGGGGCACCAGAGAAACUGUUAAAUAUGGGUCACAAAGAGGAGGCCCUGCCCUGCUCUAUACAAUCUACUGCUCAGUGCACCAGAAAAGAUGACAUGCUGUCAAGUCAAUCUACACACAGUACAGCCAUAUCUCAACAGGACCAGAUACCAAAUACUGUGAUUUUGGAAAAAUGUUCUGAAGUAAAACCUGAAAAGAACAAAAGUGAGCUGCAAUAUCAAACAGAUUUAGUUCAUGACAGUGGAGCAGACAUGAGUGCUGUGUCUAAAAAAGAGCUCACACUUCCUGAAAAAUAUGCAUUUGGUAUGGGGGAAGGGGGACUUUCAUCUUCCAACAUUCAGAGUGAUUCUAAAGUACCUAUUGUGCACGGGCCUCCUGGCCCUAUGAUGAGUCACAGGGAGGCCAUUAAUGACUAUAAUGUUUCUGUCUCAGAAGAGGAAACAGAAUGCAACUAUAAUAAAAUCAGCCCUAUGAACAGUGGACUUGUUGGUGCAGCAGAUCUGGGAAAUAAAGUUGUGAAAACUGAUACUGUAGAAAAACCUGAAGAGCAUUCGGAAUCGGUGGAGACAAAAAGAGAUUUAAUUUCGGAUACACUAACUGAUGCUGCUUCAUCCGAACAGGAUAUCAAGUUAGCUGCUGAAGAAGUUGAAGGUACUAUUUUGGCACCAGACAGCUUUCAUAGUAAUGAAAAUGCAAAUCAAAUCAAAUCAAGCCAGUCAACUAACAGUAAUGACAUGUCCCAACAGAGCCAAAAAUCAAAUGCUGUGAUCUUGGACGAAUGUUUUCAAACUAAACCUGAAGAGAACAUGAGUAUGAUGCAAGGUCAAACAGAUAUAGAUCACAGUGGAGUAGUCUCAGAAGUUGACAUGAGUACUGCAUGUGCGAAAGACCUCACACAUCCUGAUUUGACUUUAUCUGGCAUGGGGGAAGGGGAAGCGCCAUCUUCCACGAUUCAAAGUGAUCCUUUAGAAACACCUAAGGAACAUUCCGAACCUGUGGAUUCAAUGAGAGAGAAAAAUGGGAAUGAUAACAGCUCUCAAUCUGUCAUGGCUUCGUCUGUGCAGGACACCAGACCUUUUGAGACUCUUGACAUACCUCAGGCUGAACUUGAGUCGGAUUCCCCUGCUAAAGACUGCGAGUCUGUAAUAAAGGAGCAGCCAGAGGAACCACCAGACUGCAGGCCACUGCUGUCAGAAUCAGCUGAUGGGAGUGAGUCUGUCCUUUCCUUCCCCCCACCCCCAGAGGAGGACACAUUGCCGCCUGCUCUCCCUGUUCACCUUUUCUGUGACAGCUCUGAAUUCCCCACACCACCACCCACACCCCCAGACAGCGCUCUACUAGAGCCUGAACCUGAGUGGGCACCUCCUGUUUCUCCCCCUGCCCCGGAUCAGGUCCCAAACACUGCAGAAGUCCUCCUACCUCAGCUCCAGCACGAUCAGCAGCCAGGCCCUCCAGCCAGGAGCUCAGACUCUGAUGGCACAUUCGAGACCCCUGAAUCUACCACCCCAGUGAAGACUGCAGCCCCUCCAAUUCCCUCUGUUGAGCAGCCGGAGCCUAUCACACAGCCUGUGACCUCCACAGACACAGACUCCUGUCCUUUGCCUGCCUCUACAGUCGAUGCUUCUGCUAGUGAAGUGCAAGAUUCUCCUUCUUUCCAUCCCCCCAGUCGCUCCCUCUCCACUGUCUUUGAUGAAGACAAGCCAAUAGCAAGCAGUGGCACCUACAACCUUGAUCACAUCCUUAACACUGAACCACUCUCAGCACCAGCAUUUGACUCAGGCUCAUCAGGGCUAGAGAGUCGUACACCUCUAACCCGCUCUCUCAGCUUCCAGUCUGGGGAGUUAGAGAGCUCUAGCCCAGGAGAUGCAGGGGGAGCCUUUAACAGAGCCACUCAUCCUCGUUCAGAGUCUUUCAGCGUAGGUACAGAGAGCGCCCCUGGGACUCUCCGACGGGUCAAAAAGCCUCGACCAGGCUCUUUGAAGAAAAAGCCUCUUUCCAGGCAGAAUUCAAACCCAGAGAGUGCCACUUCCAGGACUGUCUCAUCCAGCAGUACCCCAGAGGUGAAGAAGAACGUGAAGCUUCUUGCAGAAAGUCCUCUACAAACACAAGAGGAGAAAGAGUGUCCCCCAGCCUCUCCCAGCCCCAGCCCAAGCCCUGCUGGCACCCUCAGGAGGACCAGAAUCAAGUCUCGAGUAGAGAGUCCUCCACCUGUAGUGGAGGAGAGCAGCCCUGCUCAAACACAAGUGACUGAAAAAGCCCAGGAAGAGAUUUUAUCAGUUCCUGAGGAGGACUCCCCUAUCCUUACCAGUGCCACUUACAAAUGGGACCCAGAUAACUUUGAAAACAUUAACCCCUUUUGCACAGGUGGCAGUAAGAUUGCCAACUCUCCUGUCUUGGGUAGGAAAACUGACUUUAUUCCUGCCCCUGACCCUGUCCCCACCCCUAUUCCUAUAGAGGAACCCUCUACUGCUCCUGCACCUUCCUCCUUCAACAUUGAGGAGCAGCCAAUCACAAAGCGGCAAUCGGUCAGACUGGAGUUUGAUUACUCAGAGGAGAGUGGAGAUACACCACAAGACAGUCCUCUGCCUCCCAAAAAACUGGGCAAGAAGCAAGGGGCCAAGAUGCCUCUUAGAAAACCAAAGCUGGGCAUUAAAAAAGCCCCCCCACAAACUGAGCAGUUAGACAACACGCCUGCUGCAGUCCAUUUAAAUGACAAUGAUGACAUUCCCAUUCCCAAAGCAUCUUACAACUUUGAUCCUAACAAAUGGGAUGAUCAUAAUUUUAACCCUUUCUCUUCAGGGAAAGGCAUUCCUAAUUCCCCUCCCAAGCCCAGGGCAAGCUACAACUUCGAUCCAGACUCGUUUGAUGACUCCGUUGACCCCUUCAAGCCAUCGAACAAGAUGGGAAAUUCGCCUCCAAAAGCAGGCUCUUUAGAAAUGUCCAGCAAUGACAAUGAAAUUGACAAUGACAAUGUUGAUGAGCUGGGGGAUCAAAACCAGAAUAAGCCGGUCAAGAACAAGAAAAAGCCCCUCAAAUCUAACACAUUUAGAGUGAAGAAAUCACCAAAGAGGUCACCUCUGUCUGAACAGGUUGUACAGGACACCUCUGCUGAUGCCAUGCCUGAUCACCUUCAGGACCAUGCUACAGAUGAAGAGAAACUAGCCUCCUCUACCAAUCAGAAAUGGGUAGCUCGGCAUGACGUGCAAGUGGAGCUGACAUCUGACAUCCAGGACUUUCCCCAGCCCUCUGAUCUCACUGCCUUCGUCAAUGAGAGCAGCUUACCUUCACAGAGCCAUGACUAUGAGAUUGAAUACAUGGAGAAGAUUGGAAAGUCCACCCCACCUCUGUCAGUGAAAAAGCCAUCUCUGUACCUAAAUUUGGAUCCAGUGACAGAAAGUACAAACCAGGGAUCUAGUAUGCACCACUCAGGACCUAACUCCCCCUGUACUGGGAGUUUUGAGGAAAUGGAGGCUAAGAUAUCAAUGGAGGGAAAAUCACCUGUGCUGUCAUCUUGUGGAGUUCCAGAGCCUCUAACAAUGGAGAAGAUUAAAAAGCGGGAAGUCCAUUCCCAGAGCCGGGGACAAAGCAGCGAGAGAGAUGGAACGUCCCCUUCUCAAGGCCCUGUGGACCCUGCAGAUCUGUCCCUCUUAGACAGGCUGAGUGAAUCAGCCACCCCUCUCAGCUACCUGGAGCCUGACCUGGCCGAGACCAACCCUACUGCCUUCGCCCACAAACUGCAGGAAGAGCUAGUCCUCGCAGCUCUGAGGAUGGAGGCUCUGCAGGUAGCCCAAAACAUCUCUCAGAGCCCUUCUCUAUCCACUGUUUCCCCUCAGUCUCGGCUCAAGAAACCCAGCCCACGCCGCUGGAAUCUCGACAGUUCAUCCACAGCUAAAGAGAGAGAGCUGGCCUCCCCUGGAGACAGUGGUGUGUCCAAAAGCUCCCUAUACUCCCGGACAGGGUACAGUGAAGCCGAAAGCCCUUAUCUCCCCCAAGACCUGGACCAUUCACUGGGAAUAGCAAGAGAAGAGAUUGUUGCCAAGGAAAAAGAAGUGCUAGAAUGGCAGAGAAAGUACGAGGACAGUCGACAGGAGCUGGAAGAGAUGAAGAGAAUAGUUACAGAGUAUGAGAAGACCAUUGCACAAAUGAUUGAGGAUGAUCAAAGGGAGAAGUCUCUGUCCCAUCACACUAUCCAGCAGCUCAUUCUGGAAAAGGACCAGGCGCUGGCUGAUCUCAACUCAGUGGAGAAAUCUCUGGCGGAUCUGUUCCGCCGCUAUGAGAAAAUGAAAGAUGUUCUCGAAGGCUUUCGUAAGAAUGAGGAUGUGCUGAAGAAAUGUGCCCAGGAGUAUCUGUCCCGAGUUCGCAAGGAGGAGCAGCGCUACCAGGCUCUGAAAAUCCACGCUGAAGAGAAACUGGACAAGGCGAAUGCAGAAAUUGCUCAAGUGCGUGCCAAAGCUAAGCAGGAGCAGGCAGCGUACCAAGCCAGUCUGAGGAAAGAACAGAUGAAGGUGGAUUCACUGGAGCGUACACUGGAUCAGAAGAACAAAGAGAUCGAAGAGUUGACCAAGAUCUGUGAUGAGCUGAUUGCUAAAAUGGGGAAGAGCUAGCUGUCAUAUGAUCCACAUCCACAUAUAGGACAAUAUAUGAACUUGUAAAAAGUAAAUAACAAAAAACAAACAAAAAACAUUGUGCUGAUUUUGUCCUGUUGACUGCUGGACAGAACCACAGACUGUCCCCAGAAUCUUAAACACUACUGAAAUUCUUCAAGAAACAGAGCUCCUGCUGACAAGAAGGACACUCUGGUCACUCUUGUCAUGCCACUGUAACUACUAACCAAGCAUUUUGAUGUUUUAAUGUACACCAGUUUACCUGUAAUGGGGUCUUGUGGAUAUUUUUGAGAUGUAUUCCCCAUCAGUACAGAAGUUUUAUGAGAAUGUGUGUAUAUGUCUUACUGAUAGAGAGAGAGAAAGAAAGAGAGAGAGAGAGAGAGAGAGUGUGAGGAUGAGUUUAAUUGCUAUGAUGCCAUGACAGCCACUGAUGGAGCUGACUGUUAAGUUCAUUUCUGUGGUUAUCUCUUUGAACUUGAAAUCACAAGUGAGAAGUAAGACAUGUCUAUAUAUAUAUAUAUAUAUAUAUAUAUAUAUAUAUAUAUAUGAUUAUGAAAUGAUUAUAAAUAUGCAUGUGUUCAUUUUUUUGUGAAUAUGAGCUGAAUAGAGUAUAGGAACACAGUGCAGGUUUUUAUACUGUUUAAUCUGCUUCCUCGUGUAUCUUUGUAGAUACUCCCUAGUUUUGUUGCCUCUUAGCAAAACUGAUGUGCAAUUGUAUUUUUUAAUUUUUAUUUUUAUUUUUUUUGGGGGGGGAUUUUAUUUUUAAUAUGUUAAGAAACAUAAUGUCCCAUGUCUCUGGUACUAAAAUAGCUAAAUUAAUUCGAAUAGGAUUGUCUCAGUCCUGCUCUGGUUGAUGUGAAACAGUAGAUGUUUCCUUAAAGAGGAGCUCUACUCGGCUACACAGCACCUGCUUACAAAGUGCAAUAAAAGAUGGCAAUAAA